UCAUUCAAACUUGUGAGAAUUUGUUGAGGAAUGGCUGUUGAAAGAGUUAGCAAGAGGCUAAAGGAAUGGGAUGGAGAUAAGAAUAAAGUGGUAGAGCUUAAGCCUGAUCAUUUGAAUGAGCAAGGCAAUCCAAUAACUCUUAACCUGCUAGGAAGCAGCACAAUAAAUUUACCAUCUUCUUCAUCUUCAUGUGGGUUAGAAUCAAGUGAAUCAGAAUAUAUAGAAGGUGAUAUGCUGGAUUCGGGUCGAGACCAAUGUCUUCACUCCGGAUUGGAUAAGUGUUCAGAUUUCAAGACUGGACCAGUGUAUUACCUGGAUUCAGGAGGAACUGGGCUAAGCUCUAUGUCCUUUCCAAGGAAGGAAAUUUCGGGAUUCGACUCCACUGAAGAAGAAGAUAAAGGAUUGGAGCUUAAACUGGAUUUGUCCAACUCAAACGCCCUGAAAUCUAAAAGGAAAAACAGCACCAACUAUAUCGAUGAUUGCACUAAUGAUAGUAGUGGAUCAGAAAUUGAGUCUGCCAUGAGGCUUGUUGGGUGUCCAGCAUGUUUAACGUAUUACAUGGUAUCUAGGAGAGAUGACAGCUGUCCAAGGUGUAAAAGUUCCUCCCUGCUAGACUUUCCUCGGGGAAAUUUGUCUUCUCCAUAAAUUAAUAGAGUAGUAAAAUUUACUUGGCUUCGGUGGAUUCAUUGAAUGUUAUAACGAUUUGUUAGAUAGACGUGGCUUAAUUUUAGAAGAUGGCAUUAAUUUUUUUUGAGACCCCCUACUU